AUGCAAAAAAACUUGGAAAAUUUUGGUGAUUCAAGUUUUGGCGUCGAGGCCUCAAUUUCAGAUCAACAAUCAUCGCAAGACUCACCAAAGUCAAAAACUGGGAUGAACGUGGAAAUUGACGGUGCAGUUCGGGAAAGCAAAAUAGACGGAGGUGGUGGAGAUAAAGGUGACGUGGCUGUUGAGUCAUAUCAAGUACCGACAGAAGAACAUAAAACUGAUGUUAAGAUCGAGAAGAAAGAGCCACGAAAGAAGUCGAGGAUCGAAACGGAGGAAGAAAGACGGCGGAGGCUAAAAAAGAAGCAAGAACGACUACGUGCUCAAUUGUAUAUGAGUGACUCUGAAUUCGAGGUCGAGGAGGAAGAAUUGCAACGUUCCGACAGAUCAUUUCGUAAUGUGACAAAGAUCGAUUACAAUGAAAACAAACGUGUGCCAACACAUCAGAUUGUACACGAUAAAAAACAUUUAGGAAGCAGAGGAAGAAGGAGCCGAAGCCACAACAGUUCUCCGAUGGCUCAAGAUAGUAAACCAAGUUUAAGAGGUUUGAGAUCGAGGUCUGGCACAAGAAAGAGAAAAGAGGUUUCACCGGGUUUAAGGAAUGCAAGAACAAAUAAAUUAAAUGAAGAUCUCAAUAAAAAGAGACAGAAAAUAGGGCGGCGGAGAAUACAGGAUGAAAACAAGACGACAAAGUUUGAGAAAGAUGAUGUUUUAAAGGAAAUCAGCAAUGAAGCUUCUAAAGAUCAAGAAAUGAACCGGAAGCACAAGAAAGUACAGGCAGAUGCAACUGAAAUGAAAAGAUUAAAAGAAGAAGCGUCCAAACAUCCUCUUUCUGAUUUUCAGAGAAAGCUCUUGGAUGAUACAAACAUUAAGUUUUUGGAAAAGCUUUCGGCGAGUGAGCUUCCAGCCAAGAUACGGAAUAUAACAGAAAACAACGAAGUUAGUAGCGAACAACAGAGCCCAAGAAGCAAUCAGAUAAGAGAAAUAGCAUCUGAAUUAUCAAAGCUGAAAACUAGUCAUCACUUUUUAGAUUUUGAGGAUUCAGAAGAUGUAUCGCAAUUGCAGAAUAUUAUAGCCAACGAGUACUAUGUGAUGUCAAAAAAAUUUGUUGAGGCACAGGUCAAUCAUAUAGAUGAGUUGGUGAAGACAAUAGACACAUGCGUGAAGAAAUCGAAAAAUUCAUAUGAGCAGUACCGUGAACAAAUAGAGAACUCGAAAAGAAACUACUUAGAUAACGAUGAACUAAGAGGAUCGAGUAAGGAAAUAAAGAAUAUUCUCAAUACUUUACAACCUACAAAAUUGGUUCCUGCAAUACUUUUUCCAAAUAUCUUUGAGAAAAUUAUUGGCUGGAGGUAUUCGGGAUAUUCCAGCAUGAAAGAAGAAUGCUUUUGCCGAUUAGAUAUGAUUGACCGGUUAACAGCUGGAAACAAGCAGAUAGCACGGGACAGAUAUGAAAGGAGUUUGAGAGAAAAUAGAGAAAGCAUGAAGAUGGAAAUUAUGAACGAAUUGAAAGAAUUGGAUACUGAAUUUACAAGAGAAACAGGUCUAAGUCCAGCCGUUGCAAAUAUUGAUAGUUCACCAUCAAUCGAUUCUUUCGAAAGCGAUUAUCGUUCGGAGAGGGCAGCUUUGAACAAAAGUUCAGAUGCUAGUGGUACAGACACCAGAGAAAAAGGUGCGACCAAGCAUUCUUAA